GUCCCCAAGACUCACCAUGCCUAGGCGCUCUCGCUAUGGACCACUGACUACCCUGGAUGGCACUAGUGCCGCUUUCUUCCAAUGCAUCCUAAGUUAUCUAAGCACUCCCGAUCAUCACCUCGCUCCCCGAUUUGCUCGCAGUCUCCGAAACCCCUCCCCUCUCCAACUCUCCGUAACGGCCUUUCUUGUGGGCCAGAGGGGUAGGCCUUAGACCUUCUUUAAUGUUGUAUGCAUUGGCUCGGGCAAUGAAUUUCUUUGCGUCAUGAAACGAAGCCGUCCUCAUUUUGACGCCAAUGACGAUGCGUCGUCCGUCUCGUCCCCUCAGGGCGCUUCGGCGCACCAUCCUGCCAUGAGAAAUGAUCCCCAGCAGAACGCCGGUCAUAUUCCCAAAAUCAGUCGGAAAAUCAAGGCCUGCUCGGAGUGUAAGCGGCAUAAAGUGAAAUGUGACAUGAAAGCGGGCGAGUCGACCUGCCAUCGCUGUCGGCGCAUGGGUCUAGAUUGCGUCGUCAACAAGAGUCUUCAGACCCUGUUAGAUGACGAAGCGGAGUGGAAAACCACGAUAGAGCUUGCCAUGGCCGACUUGUUAAGCAAAGCCGAAUUACCAAACCUCGCAUACUACCAAGCGGCGGGUCGCUCGACCGAGCCGCCGCCUAAGAAGAAGGAUCGAAAAGAGUCGACCGUGUCUACGGAAGAUACUGGGGUCGCGGUUGGACACGAUCGGAGAACGAAUUCGGUCGAUAUCACUGCUAGCACGGCGGCAGACGGACCCGACACGGCUCCCCAGUCCUUCCAGCAAGAGUCGCAGUUUGCCCUUGAUCGGGAGGAAAAUGGCGUCUCUUCGAUAGUCAAUGCGCCAAUGGGGAGCUUAUAUGAGGUGACUCAAUUGAGCGAGAUCCAGGCGAAUACCCCCAAGCGACAAUACGCUUACGACAGGGCCCUUGUCACCGAUUUCAUCUCCCGAGGUCUGGUGGGCAUACAAGAGGCGCAAGACCUUUUUUUCUAUUUUGACCGGGUGCUCAACCGAUAUCUAUGGGACGGCAUGGCGCUCAUACAUAAAGAUCUCACUUCUGUCCGCAACUCUUCCACCAUGCUCACGGCCGCCAUCCUAACCGUGACGUCCCUCCAUAUACAUGGCAAAGAGAGAACCUUCGACAUUUGCUAUAACGAAUUCGCCCGAUUAGCGUCGGCAUCUAUGCUUGACCACCAUACAUUGGAUGAUUUACGUGCAUUAUGUAUUGGGGCGUUUUGGCUGGCGGACAUUAGUUGGAAGUUGUCCGGCCACUGCGUACGUAUAGCCACGGAACUUGGUCUCCAUCAGUCUUAUAGGAAAGCCACGCAAGGCUCGCCAGAACAUAUAGAGCAGGCUCGGUUAUGGUAUCUUCUUUAUACGUUGGAGCAUCAUUUCUCGAUUGCCUAUGGCCGCCCGCCGAUUAUCCACGAGGAUCACAGUAUUAAAAAUCACAACGCAUUUACUCUAUCCCCCACAUCGACACAGGCCGAGCUACGACUGCAUAGUCAGGUCGAUCUGUUCAUUAUUCUCACCAGGAUAUAUCACGCUUUCGGUCCGGAUGUCGACCUGGAGGUCCCGGAGAGCGAGUUUGACACCAUUGAUGAGUAUGAUGCCGAUCUGGAAACCUGGAAAUCUUCGUGGCUGCCUCGAUUGUCCGGGAGUCAAUAUGUUGGUGCGUAUCCUUAUAAAGCCGUCUACCUGCACUACCAUUUUUCUCGCCUACAACUAAAUUCCGUGGCUUUACGGACUUAUCAUUCCUCAAUCUCGGCCCGCUCGAUGUCUCCCGAGCGAAAGAAGCGCGCAAACCUGGCCAUCGAGUCGGCCAUCAAGACGCUGCUGGUCGUCCUGGACGAACCAGACAUUCAGACCGCGCUGGUCGGUGUUCCAUUGUAUCUCCACAGUAUGAUCACAUUCGCCGCUGUAUUUUUGCUGAAAAUCGCGGCAAAAGUCUGCUCAAACAGCAUCCCCGGGAGCCAAGGCCAACAAAACUCCAUCGCAUCAGCCGGUCUACGCAUCAACGUUGCUUAUGUGCGUGCACUGGUCGGGCGAGUUGUCGAGCUGAUGGUGUCCUGCAGUCGCAGGGCGAGUGACCGACAUCUUAGCCACCACAUAGCCCGGGGCUUGAGAAAAAUGCUCACCGGACUGGAGGAAUGGGAGAAGCGGAAUGCGUGCACCCAGCAGUCAGCCGGACAGCGUCUGCAUGAACAUUCGUCGAUGUUCAAACCUGUCAUCAUCCCGGGUGCCCAGCCGCUGGGUGAAGGGGACACCAUCCUUGCUCAUCCACCUCCGCUACUUGGGGUGGCUCCCUUGUCUGCAGAGCGCGGCAAUGGCUUUGAUCCCGAAGCCGCGCAACUCCAGGCGCAGGCCGGUCUCUCUGAAGGCUCUCUGGAUCCUAUGAUGCCCGAUCUGUGGGGAUUCGACGAGGAUUAUUUUCCUACUGGGGUUUUUGACUUCUUGCAGUCCCAGAUGCCUGCUUGAUGCUACUAUAUAUUGCACCAGCGUUCUGGUAUUUAUAUAUAAAGGAUGAAGUCAGCAUCAUGGACUACGUAUUGAAGUCCAGAAUCUUCUGAAGUCUUGAUCAGAAACUAGGAGCGCACAAGCAUAAUCUUGCCGGUCUGGCCUAUGGAACCUCUCUACACUUACAACAAUGCGACAAAUGGUUCCAUGCGCCGGACUGAUUAUUACACAGGCCAUAUACCCGUUGACGGGCCCGAGAGCGAAAUCUGAUGAACUGCAGAUACCUGCACCUGCCAUGCUACCAUGGACACGCUCUUCGGGGCGUUGUAGAUAGUUAUAUAGUACAAUCAUGAUUAUAUGCUGAAC